GAACGCUGGACAAAAGAAGUUCAUUUGAUAAUUCCACCUAUAGAAUAUGCUGAAAUUAUUAAUGACAUUGAAUUGGAAAAUAGUAAUAUGAAUCAUAAUGAAUUAAACGAAGAAUCUUUGACCAUUAAACCUGUAAGAACUAUUCUUAGAAGGUUAAUACCAAAGAGAAAAGAUAAAGAUGAAGAAUUAGAAGAAUUGAUAGAGUAUUAUGAGAACGUUGAUGAAUGUCGUGUAGUUUACUCGCCGAUUAUAAAAAGUUCACAAGAGCCUGUAGAGGUUAAUAUUCCGUUUUAUUAUCCAAAGGUAGCAUGUCUUAGCUACGUUUACGCAGAAUAUAAGAGAGCCUGCAAUACAGAUAUGGCCGAUUACAAUGAUUUAGACGAUAAUGAUUGCCAAUCUUGGUUGUAUAUUGAAAUUGUUCCUUUAGCAUCUAGCAAUAUACUUGAUAUCUCGGACAAAAUGGUUAA